UGUUUGUUUCUUUAUCCAGUACAAUGUACACAAUGUAGAUCAACCCUGCCACCGGCCCUGUAGUCUUCAGCCUCCGUGCCCUUACACGGAGCCGCUUGACCUUCCACUGAAACGCUCCCUCCGCGGGUUUCCACCGCGCAUGUUUGUGCGUAGCUCAUCAUGUGAUGUGAUACGGUUACACGCUGAUUUAACUGUAAGUGCAGCAGCAUGCUCGAGUAAGUGCCUAUCUGCAUAUGGAUCAGGCUUUUUGUUUUCAUUCGGAGGUGAAGCUGAUUUCAGCACCGGAGCUGUCCCAAACUGACGGAUGCUGCUGCCGCGUGAACCGAUGAUGCUGAGCUCGAGCUGCUGAAAUCCUCUCUCUCUCUCUCUCUCAUCUUCUCUCUCUCUCUCUCUCUCUCUCUCUCUCUCUCUCUCUCUCCUCUCCUCUCCCUCCUCGCUCCUCUCCUCCACACGCACAAAACGCUCUGUCAUGGCGUCUUCCAACCAUGUUACCCCCACCAACUGUAGCUGGUGGCCCAUCUCAGCCAUGGAUGAAGACGGAAAAAUCACAGACGGGGAGGAGUGCGAAGAACCGACGGCAGAGCUCAAACCCUUCAAUAAAGACAGGCUCGUUUUGUACCACUGGACGCAGUCUUUCACCUCCCAAAAGGUACGUCUAGUCAUUAAUGAGAAGGGUCUGGUCUGUGAGGAGAGGGAUGUGAGCUUGCCGCUGCAGGAGCACAAGGAGCCCUGGUUCAUGAGGCUGAACCUGGGGGAGGAGGUGCCCGUCUUCCUCCACGGGGACACCAUCAUCAGCGACUACAACCAGAUUAUAGAUUACCUGGAGAAAAACUUUGUGGGAGACACGGUGGCGCAGCUGAUUCCUGAUGCAGAGUCGCCUCUCCACGAGCGUGUGCAGCAGUACCGUCAGCUACUGGAUGGUCUGCCCAUGGACGCUUACACACACGGCUGCAUCCUCCAUCCAGAGCUCACCACCGACUCUAUGAUCCCAAAGUACGCCACCGCAGAAAUACGUAGACACCUGGCCAACGCUGCGACGGAGCUGAUGAAGUUGGACCAUGAGGAGCCUCAGCUGACAGAACCGUACCUGUCCAAGCAGAAGAAGCUCAUGGCAAAAAUCUUGGACCACGAUAAUGUGAACUACCUGAAGAAAAUUCUGGGGGAGUUAGCCAUGGUUCUAGAUCAAGUGGAGGCUGAACUGGAGAAAAGAAAACUAGAGUAUCAAGGUCAAAAGUGUGAGUUGUGGCUAUGUGGACCUGAAUUUACACUAGCUGAUGUCUGCCUCGGAGCCUUAUUGCACAGGCUCAAGUUCUUGGGACUUUCUAAGAAAUACUGGGAGGAUGGCAGCCGACCCAACCUGCAGUCCUUUUUUGUGCGUGUGCAAAAACGCUACGCUUUCCGCAAGGUCUUGGGCGACAUCCACACGACCCUUCUGUCGGCGGUCCUACCCAACGCCUUCCGGAUGGUAAAAAAGAAGCCGCCGUCCUUCUUCGGGGCCUCUUUUCUCAUGGGCUCGCUGGGAGGGAUGGGCUACUUUGCCUACUGGUAUUUAAAAAAGAAAUACAUGUAGUGAAUGCCCUCUUGUUGUGUUAAAUGUCUGUGUAUUUGUGUGAUGUUUCAACUUUUCUGUAAUGUUUUAUGACUGCAGGAAAACAUAAUGAAUCUAUAUAGAGAACACUAUUACUUACCUGGGUGAACAAAGAAUAUUAAAACAUUCCAUAAUAAGAAAUUCUUGACAGCACAUUUUCUGGUAAUCGAGGCCUUCAUCGAGUUUAAUUUCCGGCAACUUGCAGCUCUUGUGCUGGCAAGUCCUUGUUUAUCUUUUGUUGGAGGCAUGCAUUGGGUCCACUUGUACUGAAAACUUAAAAGUAGAAACCCAGAUAAAAGGUUAAACACAGUAACACCAACAGGGGUUAACUGACCUUCGCAUGCCACUAUUAUCGUCAUUACUCAUACCUGCUCUUCACUCCUCCAUCAGCCUGAGGUUUAACCAGUAAAACCACAGGAAAAUGUACAUUACAAAUACUUUCUGAUAAGUGCUGUGCUGCCAGAAACUGCCACAUGAAAUGAUGAAAGGAUGGAGGCAAACUUUAAGGGAAUAGUUAGACAUUUUGGGAAAUAUGGUUAUUCAUGUUCCUGCAGAGACUUAGAUGUUUAGAUCGAUACCACUCUCAUGUCUGUGCGUUAAAUAUGAAGCUACAGCCAGGAGACUGUUAGCUUAGCUUAGCUUAGCGAAAAGGCUGGAAACAGGGGGAAACAGCUAGCCUGGCUCUGUCCGAAGGUAAAAAAAAUCCACCUACCAGCACCUAAAUAACAUGUUACAGUAUAUCUCGGUUGUUUAAACUGUAAAAAAACUGAAGUGAAAUCUUUGGAAUAACCCAGAAGGUUGUUUAACAAGACUCACUGCUGUUCUGAAGUUAUCAUGUCUGUAUGCUAAAUAUGAAGCUAGAGCUAGCAGCUGGUUAGCUAAGCUUAGCAUUAAGACUGGAAACAAGGGGAAACAGCUAGCCCUAGUUUGCUCCAAGUAUUUCCACAAUGCUCUUUUAACCAUCUGGAUGAAAAAAAUGUUGCACGAUAAAAAAUAUUUUUAACCCGCUGUGACUGUAUUUUCUAAUCCAGGUGGCCAGAAAAGACACAUGUCCUUGCUCUGUUUGUAAAACACAAAAUACUAAUGCAUUAUUUUGUAUGAAAAUAUAAAAUACUGGAAAGAAACAUCAACAUAUACCAAUGCAACUGAUAUUUUUAGACAUUGAGCAAGGAGAUUCCGGCUAUCUUUGUUUGGAUUAGGAAACAGGUGCAACUUGAAAAGCAGAUUAUAAAUAUUAAAUUUUUUGUGCAGAAAACAGAAUAUUUCUUUUAUCCAGAUGGUUAGAAGAGUCUUUGAGGAUUCUGGAAAUUUCUUGGUUUUAAUUAAUGACAUUCUUCAUUUUUCAAAGAUUGCCUGGUAUAUUUUCCAGAAAAGCGGAUGCUUAGUGCUGUAAUGGUAAUACAUGACACAAAUUGGGGCUAGCUGUUUCCCCGUUUCCAGUCUUUAUGCUAAGCUAAACUAACAAGCUGCUGACUGUAGCAUAAUAUUUAACAGAUAAGAGAGUGGUAUCGAUCUUAUCAUCUGACUCUUGGCAAGAAUAUGAAUAAGUGCAUUUCCCUAAAUGUCUAACUAUUCCUUUAACUAACUGUGCACCCUACACACACAAUAAAACACAGAGACACUCGUGCGCUCAGUUUAUUUAGAGCACCACAGAUCACGCAGCACACACACUGGUCCACUCUCACUCUCUUUGCCGCUGAGCAGGAGCUCAGAUGUUACAAAACUUGGGUGUUUGAAAAGUUACACUUGGCUGAACUGGUAGUGAAAUUGUAAAUUCUGCAUCUAUGGCACAAUAGUGUUGCAUUAGCUUUUAGGAUGUAUAUUUCAUUGCAUGGGUACUUUCUUAUUGUGUAAGCGUUUCGUGAUGGGUGGACACUGAGGGUUUUGUGUCGCCCAGAAGCAGAAUUUAUGAUCACUACGGAACAUCAAAAAACCACAUUUCUCUAAAUGUUCUGUUGCUACUUGUAACCUUUGAAGCACCUGCACUGUACAGUGUGUUGGAGAUGGUCCCUCAGCAAUACUGAGCAAGGAAAAUCACUGGAUUUCUACUGCGGCUUGUUUGUCACCGACUCCUUCUGACAGACGCAAGAUUGUUUUUACAGAUAGAUAUUUUUAAUUAUACAUCGUCUCAUUUAUUUUACCGUGCUGAAUUUUUAAUGAGCUCAAAGGUUAAAUAAGGGGAACAGGGGAGGAGAAGCUGACUGAAGGCUUAAAGGAGUAUGACGAGGAAAAAGAAAAAGCCUUUCCUCCCGGCGAGCCUUGCCAGCUGUCUUGUUGUUUGUUGAUGCGGUGUACUUUUCUCGCUCCAUACUCACCCUUAAUGGGAGCCUUUCUGUUUUUUCUUAGUCAAACCUCCAGGGUUUAACAUGUUAUAAUUCUGCUCCUGAACCGUGCACCCUUUAAGUUGAACUCAUUAUGUGAGAUACUGGCUGGAGUCGUAAGCUGCUUUUGGUUUUAUGGCUGGUUAUACAGACAUUCUUGCAGUAAGGACUCACAGUGCAGUGUUUCUUUCCAUCAUUAAGGAGGAUAACUGUCAAGCCUGGGAUAAUGAAGAUAACUUAUGUGGGUUUUUCAGUUAGGAUGCUCCCUGUUUUCUUCUGCUACAGGAACUCGUCUCUGCAGGCGGUGAUUAACAGCACGCUGCAGCUGUGGCAGAAAAUGUUGAACCAAAGACGAUGAUCAAUGCUCCUUUAAUGGCAGCAUCUCCUUGCUGUGUCACAUCUGAUAAUAAAUCUGAUUUUCAUUCAGAAAACAGAAGUGUAGAAGCUGUAGUUCAUUGUGUUAUUGUGUCAUGUAUGAUAUGGAGAGCGCAGUUCAGCCAUAUACACUUAACUGUUUGGAACUAAUCCUUUAUGCCUGGAAAGACAUUUGACAGAUAUGCAUUAAAGGAAACAGGGAGAUUACUUGUUUUCAAACUGUUCUUGCAUGAGCAGCAGUAAUUAAAUGGCACAAAAAAGAAGAUUUAAAAAUAGAUAUCUGAAUUUUUCCAAGUUUUGAAGCAAGCAAGAGGACACAAAAGUGUAAAGUACUAUUUCCUGUUGUGAUUUAAUCAUAAAACUCACUUAAUUGUUAUUUAUGUGCUCAAACAUUCACUUAUUUUGUUAAUUGACAAACAGCAGAUAAAAAUGUGGGGGAGGAAACGUCAAGAAACUUCAUAACCAGCCAAUCAUUGUGAACGCUUGGUACAUUUUGAUUACUGCGAGCACACCUGUUAUGACACCACUGCUUCUUCUGACUGAAAUCAUGCUACCUGAGGGGGAACACGCAAAGAGUUCAAGUCGAGAAAUCCUAGUUGUGAUUUGUGGCCAUUAUAUUUCACAAUAGUAUUUUUUUAUUUUUUACUUUUUAUUUUUUAUAUUUCUAUAUAUGCAUUUAUUUAUGGUGCUUUUUACGAUGUUUGUUCAUAAGCCUUAAUUUAUUCAGUUGCCAUCAAUGACAAAUAAAUAAUGAAAAAGGAA